AUGGUUUUAAAAUCAGUUUAUAGGAAUUUGCCAAGUUUAUAUAGAAGUAAUUAUAUCCUAACGCAACGAGUAAAAUAUCACGCAAAGAGUAAAUAUGAAGGAAAAGGAUUCAGAAAAUUACUCGGUCCACUCUGGCCCCUGACAACCCCGGGAUUCCUACAGUCAUAUGCCCUUAUCACAGGCUUCUUUCUUUUAUUGUAUUAUCCCCUGGAUUCAUGUUUUUUUGGUGUACGCAAACUUAAGGCUGAAAUGGACGCUAAAGUUGGAGGAUGAACACAUUGGAUACACUCGAUUUAUUUUUACAAUUUCAAGUUAUUUCUCAUUUUUGGAUUAUUAAAUAAAUAAAUUUCAAACAUAAAAUUUUUAAAAAAAGCUCUCAAUUUCCAUAUUUCAAACUUA